AUGCUGUGGCCAUGCCGAGCAGCCCUUGAUCGACCGACGCUUGCACUGGCAAGCUCUAACGCUCCUGCGCUCCUACGCUCCUACGCUCUUAAGAAAGAUGCCACCCUCAGCACUAGCCUCUCCCUACCCUCCACCUCACACCUCGCCCUCCCCUCUCCUCAUCCUCAUUCGCCCGCCCUCUUGUCUCCUCCUCUCUACCUCCACGGCGAGCCCUGCAAACAGAAAAAUUUCAUCCGCCUGAGACAACGGUUUUCUUCUACUUUCGUUUGUUCCCUUCGUUCUGCUGAUUCUUUCGUCCCAUCUAAUAUCGCCUGUCUCGCAUACAACGCACCGACCCUCCCCACCACCAUGCCGAUCCAGUUGCUACCCGCCUCGGCUGCCGCCUUUGCGCCACGCUCCACCGUCAACGUAGUCUUGAGCUCCAAAGCCGAGCCGUGGUUGACACAAACUCUGAAGCGCGUCAACCGGGUAAAGCGCCCGCUGAACAGCGUGCAGCAGCACACACGGUGCCUCACAGAGACGCUCUCCGGCAAGAACGCCAUUUGGUCGCUGAGCUCCAUCAUGGUCCCCAAGGCUCCGGAUGCGGAACUGCGCAGGGACGCCAACCCCCUGGUCGAGGCGCUGUUCAACUACCAGCUCAUCCACAUCGAGGCCUACGUCGUACACGUCGACAUGGUUUCACAGCAUGAGGUUGCAUUCAAGCUUACACAGGACACCAUCGAUGCGCUCAUCGAGUACCACAAGGACAUCUACUCGGUCGACGUGUCUGCCAGCACCUGGGAGUGGGCCGAGAAGGAGCAGCAGGUCAAGAAGCUGCAGGACGGAUUCGUGCAGGCCGUCAACCGCUACGUCUUCCGCACGGGCGCACGAGCGCUGGAGGGGAUGGAGGACGAAGGCGCCGGAGAGCUACUCGAAGGCCGAGGGGAGGACGUCAAGGCCGCCAUCAUGGGCCUGUUCCUGCCUCUUCUCCCUCCUCCCCCCAGGAUUGUCGAUGUCGUGCGUCCUGCUCCUCUUCUCCCCAGCACCCCUGGCGCUGCCAACUGGUGGCAACCCACGCAGUAUCUCUCACCACCCCAGAUGGACUCGUGGAGAGUGCUCCCGUCGACGCCCAGCCCGACCAUCACGACCUGCAGUGAGCACUCGCCCACGUACUGGAGCACCAUGGGCACGCAGAGCAUGGAGCCCUUCCAGCUGCCGUCGCCCACGCCAUCGUUCAGCCAGCCAUGCUACCACUCGACGGGGGCGUACUACAGCCCGCCUCAGGCCAUGGCGCCCAUUCCCUGCCUCCCCCUGCCGAGCGUGCUAGCCCAGCAAUGCGGGUCCAGCGCAACGCACGGUGGGUUUGGCAGCGGCGGAUUCGGGUGGGACACGGGGUUCGCAACCCAGUACGCAGCGUUCACAUAA